UUGACGAAGGCGAUGAAAUAUCACGAAAGGCUCGAAGAAAUACAGAAAGCUUUUGAGAACGUAGCUGAAUUAAUCGCGAAGCGCGAAAAUGAGCUGAAAGCAGACAGAGAGAGAUCCGACGACGAUGAAUUGGAUUGCAAUCCGAUAGAAGUUGACGGCGCGAUGAAAGAUCUGGAAGAUUUUGGUGAGAUUGACGUCCCGAUUGAUUUAUCGCAAAUGAUGUCGCGAUUGAACGAAGACCAGAAAAGAGUCUUCGAUAGAGUAUGCGAAGUUUUGCAAAAUAAAAAUCAGAUUCUGCGACUGUAUGUAAGCGGCGAGGGUGGUACAGGGAAAAGUUUUCUUAUUGAAACGAUUAAACAUUGGAUCGGAAUAAAUUUGAAAAAAGUGAUUGCCAUAUCUGCUCCCACGGGUAUCGCGGCAUGCAAUAUCAAUGGUUUGACGAUCCAUAGAAUGUUUCAGCUACCUGUUACCCAUGAAUCCAUGGCAAAGUAUACGCACUUGUCAGAUAUGGUUUUGAAAACUUUGAGAGAGAAAUUAAAGAAUGUCGAAUUAUUUAUAAUCGAUGAGGUUUCCAUGAUUUCGAAUGUGACAAUGAUGUUUAUUAAUUUACGAUUAUGUGAAAUUUUCGACACGACAGAUACAGACGACGUGGUACAUCUGAAACAAUUUCCAUUGUCUCUCAGUUAUGGAAUAACUGUACAUAAAAGUCAAGGAAUUACGUGUAAAAAUGCAAUGAUGGAUUUAGGAACGAGUGUGUUCACUGAUGGUCAAGUGUAUGUAGGUCUGUCACGAGUGAGUACACUGGAGGGUUUACAUUUGAUAAAUUUCAAUCCGGCAUCCGUUAGAGCAAACUCGGGAGCCGUUGCAGAAUAUAAUAGACUGAGAUCUGUGUUCAAAUCUCAGCUACCACAAAUCAAUUCGUCCGAGAAAAAGGCUGUGAAAAUUUACGACUGUCGAUGGGCAAUACCUCAUAUCAUUGAUGAUGUACAGAAUUACGGUUAUGCUGAACCAGAAAGUAUAGUUACAUGGAAAAUAUUCGGCCUUUGCAAUGACGAUCGUGUUUCGUGCUAUGCUAAUGUAACAUUGCAAUGUGCGUUUCAUUGUGUACGUAUCAGGCAACAAAUACUUAAAAAUAGAGUAUCGAACGCAUUGACUGAUGCUGUCUGCGCGUAUGCUGAGCGUAAGCGUUGCAAUAUUUUAGCGAUUAGAAGAUCUGUCGGAGAACGCUUCGAAGAACGAACACAACAAGAUGUUUCGGAAUUUUUCACGGCUUUAAUGUCGACGUAUUCCGAAAUCAAUGAUGUAUUAGAAGUCGAAUUGAAGCACCUAAUAUGUUGUUCAAAUGCUAAAUACAAACAAUCGGAAUGGUGUUACUGUACUGAUUUACAAGUUAUCAAGAAGAAAUGGCCCAGAGGAGCACAUGGGGCAUAUAUGUUGUUCUUGGAGCAGAUUAAGUAA